AAACUCAACGAAAACUAAACGAAAACAUGUACGCCGCCAUUUUCUCUCUUGUGCAUUUUAUGUCAAUAUAAGUUUACCAAAUAUAAAUUUUUUUCCCACACAAUUUAAAAAAAAAUCAAAAAUUCUCUAUGUUUUGUUUAAUAUAAAAAAACAAAAUACAUAAAAAUGUGCAACAAUUAUCGGCAUUAUGUAAUAUAAAUCAUAAAAAUAUUCAUCAAACAAUAUUUCUCAAAAAAGUGCUUGCUUUUUCUAUCUCAUUUCUCAAUCAAAAAAAAAAAAAUUUACACACAAGAAGAAAAAAAAAAAAAGUGCAACACAAGAACAUUUUUUUUUUUUUUUGAGCAAUCAAAUCGAGUUCGUGUAGAGUAGAGCACUAAGCAAAAGAGACUUCUACUACAACAACGACGACGAACAAAAAAAAAAAAAACGAAAGAAAAGGAAUUAAAUUAACUUGAAGAAAAAUAAAAAUAAAAUCUAGUGACGACCUCCACAAUCCAAAAAGAAAAUCUCCUCACAAAAAGUUUCCCUUUCUCUCUAAACAAAAAAAACACAACUCAAAUGUUUUCCACGCAACAACCACAAAAACUUCAAAAAUUCUACAAAAGAUUUUACAACAAUUUGUAAAAACAUUUUUGUGUUUCUUUUAUUUUUUUUUUUGUUUAAUUUCUUUUUUUUUAUUUUUGUUUUAUUUUUUUCAUUGAGUUUUUUGCAUUCAAAAAUAUUGUAAACUAUUAAACUUUUUUUUUGUGUGGUUGUGGAAAAACGACGACGACAACAUUCAUCAUCAUCAUCGCCAUCUCCAACAACGUCGUCGUAGUUAGUAGAAGUAGCCAAAGCAGUUCCACAUUCAAAAGCAAGCAACAUUGUUUUGCCUCCGAGCGACGACGAGCGAGACGAGAGACGUGAUAACUAAACAAGAACGUAUUUUAUCUGCCACAUUUCGCCGGGUGAGUUAAUACACGGAAAAGCCUAUUCCCAGAGGCUUCUAGAAAUUUAUCUGACGCUAGUUUUCCUUGGAAACAAAAUAAAUAAUAGGAUAGAAAAUGGCAACGAGUGACGAUGAACCGAUGCACCUGUAUGAGGUAUUUCAAAAUUGUUUUAAUAAAAUAGCAAACAAACAACCAGUUGCAAAUGAUCGAAAUGGCUACCAAUCGCCAUAUGGUGGCGGAGGCGGCGGUGGUGGUCUAGACAAUGGAAUGUAUUCAGCCGAUGAAUUUGUGCACGAUAACCCUGGCAGCAGUGGACGUUUCUCAGUAACUAAAGAUCCAAGCGGCGGAUUAUACCACCAAACAGAACAGUAUUUUGAUGCCACCGGCAACCAUUGGUAUGCCUCGCCAGUUGGCGGCUAUGCUCCUCAAACUCCGUACCAGAAUACGAUAGGCCAUCCUCAGCACAGUGACCAAGACCACCAUCAUAACCUCCACCAUCAGCAACAGCAACAACAACAACACACUCUGACCAGCAGUAUGGUACACAUGGAUGGAAAUCAACAACAACACAAUCCGGCCGCCACCUCUCUACCACCGAUGAGUUCAUUUCGCGGUAACCCAACGGUCCAACAAAUGGGCACCCCAGGAGGUUCCCAAGGUGCUGCUACCGGAUCGCCGGCGGCUCUUUACAGCUCGCCACCCCAUUUGGGACCGCCAACACAUCAACAACAACAUCCACACAGUAUCCCCCAUGCUCAGCACACCCUCCACCACCAGCAGCACAGUCCUGCUCUACAAAGUUCAGUUGCAGCAGCAGCGGCUGCUUCGGCUGCACUUCGAACAAACGCCAUGUACAUCGCGCCAGAUCAAAGUAUUAGUAGUUUCAGUUCGAACCCAUCGACACCGGUCAACUCUCCACCGCCAUUGACAACGGCUCCCAACGCUCAACAAGCCGCUGCUGCUGCACAUCUUCUUCUCUCGGAUAAAGCAGUUGUUGCAGCUACAAGCAGUGCAUCAUGGCAGCACUUGGCAGCUGCCGCUAACCCGGUUCUGAAUGGUUCUGGUGCUGGCCCAGCAUCUUCUGUAGGCAAUAGUUCUGCAAGUGCAUACGCGAAUGACAUUGUGCCACCCAAUCUUCAUAUGUCAUUUCAAGGAGCUCGAAUGGAAGAGCGCCUGGAUGACGCCCUCAAUGUUUUGCGCAACCACUGUGAACCGCAACUCGGGUGUCUCCCCAUGGUUGAUGGUUUGGAUGCUAGCGCCGCUGCUGCGGCUUUGUCCACAUUUGUGCCAACUUCUCCCUCAUCUCACAUUGGCCCCAGCACGAUGACAUCGCCAGGCGAUGUUAUUGGCGGUGGUCUUGGCUCAGAUGUUACUGCAGCCAAUAUUAAAAUGGAGCGAAACCUUCCCGUUGUGCCACCCUCCGCUACCACGACAAAGGCGGCGAAGAAACGAAAAGAGCCCUCAGAUGCUGACUCUAAACCCACUAGUUCAAUGGAGGCCAACUCCAAUGGUCCCGGCAGCAAAGGCAAACGUCCCCGACGCUAUUGCUCCAGUGCCGACGAGGACGAUGGCGAGCCCGUUGUUAAGGCUCUGCGCGAAAAAGAACGCCGUCAAGCAAACAAUGCUCGCGAACGGAUACGCAUCCGAGAUAUAAAUGAGGCUCUCAAAGAACUCGGUCGGAUGUGCAUGACACACCUCAAAUCUGACAAGCCACAAACGAAGCUCGGCAUCCUGAAUAUGGCCGUGGAAGUGAUCAUGACACUAGAACAACAGGUACGUGAACGCAAUCUUAAUCCCAAGGCAGCUUGUUUAAAACGACGCGAAGAGGAAAAGGCCGAAGACGGGCCCAAGAUGUCACAGCAUCAUAUGCUGCCGCAGCCGCCACCAUAUCCGCCGAUGCCUGGGGCACCACCAACGAAUCUACCACCACACAAUCCGGUGCAGCAUCCUCAAUAGCAGUUGAGUUUAUUUCGCCAUCAUCUUUAAUUUUUUUUUUAAUAUUGUUUUUAAAUUUUAGACUUUUUUUUAUAGUUUAACUGUAAAUAAUCUGCAAGAUUUUAUUAUUUAAAGACAUUUAGUAGAUCUAGAUUUCUUCCACACACAAAUGAGAAAAAAAAUAUUAUUAUUUCCCUUUUCCUAUCCUAAGAGUGUAGGUCUCUCUAUGUCUCUCCCCAGGUCGUUCUCUCAACAAACAAAACAAAAAAAAUGAAACUAUUUUCUCUUCCCCUCCCAAAGAGAGAGACUUACCAGACACAAACAAGCACACAUAAAUACACCGUAGAGUAAUUAAAUCAAAAGUUUAACUAAACUACUUACAAAAGAAAACAAAAAAAAAAAUAUAUAAUAAUAAGAAAAAAAUCGUUCGCCAGACAAAAGUACAGCAUUAGAUUAUGUAUAAAACUUUAAACAAAAAUUAUAUAUAUAAAUACAUUAUAUAUAUAGAUUAUAUAUACAAAAAAAAAAGUAAAAGAAAAAAUUUUAGUUCAAAGUUAUCAAAAGGCAGCCAUAUUUAUAUAAAUAAUUAUACAUACAAAAAAAAAAUGAAUAAAAAUGUAUCUGUGAGCGACUCAAAAUGGCUCAAAAAACAUUAAUUCUAUUUAAAAAAACGAAAAAAAAAAAUAUAAUUAAUUACAAUUUAGUAAGAGUUAUAAGGAAACUAAACAAAAAAAAUAAUAAAACGCAAAAAACACAAAUAGACAAGCUAAAUCCUAUAUUUUAAAGCUCAGCUUAAAUUGAUGAGUGGGAGAGAGUAAAUACAUUUCAAACAAAAUACAAUAACAGCGGCAAAGAUGAUAAACUAAACUCCCAAGUUUAAUAGAAAGGGUAUUCAUUCUUCUUUACUACCUUCAGGCUCCAUGCAUGCUUUUUGCCAAGAUUAUUCCACUUGACAGCCUGUGUACCUCACUCAAAAGUGCUAAUAGUCUACUGAUCUUCAACAAAAAAGCUCUUUCGAGUUGAUAUCGUUCCACAUUAUAAAUCCUCGAUGAUGCGUUCAUAGUGUGUUACUCGAUUCUACCAAAUUUUACAGAAGAGUUAAACAAACUUCUUAUUUUUCAUGAAAACUUAAUCAUGAAUGUUUUUUGUUAUGUACUAGUUAACAAAUUGCAUACGAUCCAUGCAAUCAAUACGAUUUUACUACCCAUUUUAGGCAAAACCUCAAAGUUAACUGUAUGGUGUCAUCGUGGGACUAGUCCCCGUAUUUAUAAACAUUGUAUAACUUUAUACAACUGUUAAAAUUUGGAAAAUGUGAUCGAAAACCUUGUUUAUUGUUGUCUUAUAGCUGUCAAACUUAUACACAAGAGUAAAUGGUCUUAACCGCGAAUAAUGUGAUUAUUAUUUUUAUUAAAUGAAGCAUAUUUCCAACAAUUUGAAAAAAAGGUAUGCAUUGUAUAAGUAGACAAAAAUCUAAUAAAUACUGUAGAUUUUUACCAUGAUAGACUAUUGGGCUAUAAAAUGGCUUUUCCCCAAAUAUGAGAUAUUGCAUCUAAGCAGCGUGUCAAUAGUAUUGGCUGUAAAUAUGUUUAAACUUUAGACGUGGAUUUAAUUUCAGACACAGAGUGCGUAACUAAAAAAAACGAUGUACGAAUUAAAUGCCAAUAAUUAAACAGAUUAAUUAAAAUACACCUGAUGAAGUCGAGAAAUUACGCCGAAACGUAGGGAAAAAGUAUGAAAUAAAAAUUUAUAUGGCACUAUACUAAAAAUUUAUAUAGAAGGAAGUGACAAAAAAAAGUCCGAUUCAACAUAAACAAAAAAGUUUUUUGUAUUUAUAAGCCAUUCUUCUACUUUCUUACCCCAAAUGUUAUGUUUCAAUUAAAAUAACAAUUUCAUUCCAUCUUUGGUUUCAAUUUUGAACUAAUUUGCAUUAUUCUAUUUCAAAAAAAGGCCACUGUUUAAUGUUCCGAUCACUCAACAAAUCCCGGUAUUUGCUGAACAUUAGUUUUGAAGUUCUGAGUUUUCAAAUGGAAUGGAAAAAGGGAGGCGGGUAGCAUAUUUCACAUUCGUGUAGUGCUGCUGAAGAAAGAAUAUCUGUAUUUGACGAUACGUCCGAAAUUGUUUGAGAUGAGUAAUGCUAUUUCAUUAGAGCAUUAUUUAUAUAAAUAAUGAUAGAACAACGUGACGCAUCCAAAUCGUGAACAUUAAAACUUUUUUGCUUGAACCGAAAAAGAAAACAACAUUUUUCUUUACUAUAAAAUCUAGGUAAGAAAUUUUUUUAGCAGAAACAUGAGUUGUCAAAAGUGAUUUCACACAAAAAAUAACAAAAAGUGUACAUUUCAGUUAAGGUCUUAUUCUUGAAAGAUAUUUACAAGUAUAGAAUGUUAAUUAUCACAGGAUUUGAAUAGUUAUAUUUAUUUAUUAUUUUAUAAAGAAAAGAUACAUUUAUAUAUAAAUUUGCUAACCGAGCUCACGAUAAUGCCAUUGCUUUAAAUUCUUUAUAUUGUUAACAUAUAUCAAAAGAACAAAUCAAUAAAAUGAAUUGAUUUAAGCGAUUGAUUUCGAUGAUAGAAGAAUUAUCUCUUUUAUCAAAUCAUUAAAAUAAUUACCUUCAAACGUUUUCGUAUCCGUCGAUUCGACUCUUGAUUUAUAAAAGAGGUCAAAAACACCUUUUCGCUCUUUUAAAAGAAUUUUUAAAACAUAAUUUUCAGUAGCUAAUGAGUUGUUGAUUUUAACUUAAAAUUCUUUUAAAAUUAAGAAAUAAUGUAAUGUAAUAAAUGUGACUAGAUACUAUAAUCACAAAAUGAAUGGGGUUGAAUAUCGGCGAAUGGAAAUUGAUAUAUUACGUUUGUCAGUUUUGGCAACACACGAAACAAUUGAACUGGACAGUUCCCUAUAUUGCUCCAAAAACUCACUCCAAUUUUUAUGAACUUCAGCUGUAUGUGUACUCUAGAAUAAUUUUAUUUUGUAGUUUAAUUUUUUUUUAUUAAGAAAGAAUUUUAAAUAAUGGAAUGUAGUUAAAAGGCGUGUUUUUUUGACAAAGCUAUCCGCAGUAGGAUUUCCCAAAUAUCAACAUUGAACAAAAAUGUAUAUGCAUGUACCAAGAGAUAGGAAAACUUAAACUGAAACACUUCAUCAAAAUUAUAUGCGAAGCUUGGUUUAGCUUCUAUUUUUAUCGGCAGCUGCAUGUUGUUUUUUUACUGCAUGUAAACGCCAACUGCGGAUACGGAUAGCAAUGCAAAAAAAAAACACAGCUAUUGAUAUUUAAAAAAAAAAAAUUCUGAAAAGUUAUUAUGCCAAAAAUUUUGUCUCUAGAUCCUCAAAAUUGUGUUGUUAUACCAAUAGAAACGUUCUCGACGACGACAUAAAGGCCCAAUUUAUUCACUCUCCAUUAUAUUUAACGUCCCCAUUAAAAAUUAGAAAUCUUUUAAAAUUUAUUUAUUUAUUUUAAAAUUUCCCUUUUAUAAUGCUUACAUUAUUAAAUUUAACAAUAGAGUGUAUGUAAAUAAAUUGAGCCUAAGUUUCUUUAGACUCGUAUUUUAUAAUAUCUUGUAACACAGCUUUCAUUUAAUGUUUCAGCUGCGUUAUGAUUUAUUAUUCUCUCCAUUUUGUGUUUAUACAAUCUAAUAGGCUUUGUGAAAGAUUCUAUACCUUUCUUUUGUCAACGUUCUUUUUAAUAAUUAUAUUGACAAAAUUUAGGUAUUAUUUCUAUUAAAAGCUUAAUUAAGAAAAAAAAGUCAUUUGUCUGUUAACGUAAUAUUCAACGUUUCUUAUAAUAUCCUUUUUUUAAUUAACUAACUGAACAAAAUUAAUACUUAUUGAAUUUCAAAUGUUCUCAAAUUCUACAACACCAUAAAAAAUCACAAAUCGUCGACUUAGAGUGUAAACCUGCUAACUCAAAUGAUUUAAAAAAUUUGAUUAAAAAUACAAAAAGCUUUCAAAUCUUAUCAAAUGGUAUGGAGUGUAACGAAUAACUUAGGUUUAUUGUAAACAAAGGAGAAAAUAAUUAAAAAUUACUUUUAUUUUAAGUGGGCGAAACGCAUUGGAGUUGAGGUCAUUUGAAGACAUUUAAAAAAAUUAAAAUAAGACAAAUUCAUAAAAUACUUUAACAACUUAAUUAUUUGUAAAUAAAUCGAGUUUCGUACCUCGUUGUUAGCUUUCGGCAUAACUUACAUGUAUUUCUGCUUCAAGAAAUUCUUUAUACUAAAUCUCAUAGUAAAGGAAACCUCUAGUGAGGAAAAAUUGGUUUAAGGCAGAUUUGAUGCAGUUCAACGAUCUCAAUUGUCUAAAAGGAAGAGUUUGCGAGAAAUAUGAGCUUGAACAUGGACAACUACUAAGAAGAUGAUAGGCAGAAUACAUAACAUAUUUCAAAUUGUUCGUAGUACCAAGAGUAACCAUUAUUAAAAAUGUUUCAAAUUGGAAACUAUUGUACUGUUUUUUAAAAUCAAUUUAUAAGUAUAGAAAACUACUAAUGACUGAAUUCGUUUAAAUCAAUUCAUUUAAAUUUUAUUAUAUAAAGUAAAAUGACCUCAUAAAAUUUCCCAACUGAGCUGAGUUUUAAAAUUCUGUACCUAUGUUUAUUCAAAUUUUGUAUUGAAAUGUUGAUAAAUAAAAUGAAUUACUUACUACUAGUACCAAUAGUCAGUUAUUCAUUUUAUUACAAACUCAUAUCUUCUCCUUUUUUAUGCUCCUUUCUAUUCUUUUAACCAAUCUAAUCAAUUGUAUACAUACAACACCUACAUUUCGUCUUCAAAAUUGUUUUUUCUUAAUCAUAGAAAAAUUCAACCCUUUCUUUAUUCAUCCAAAUCCUUCACAACCUAACCUCUGGGAAACACAAUGAAAUCCGAGUGAGAUGAUUCGGCUUGCCGCGUUAUCACCCCGUACAAUCUUAAAUAACCUUAAUUAGAAUAAUUUUAUUCUAAUAUUUGUAUAAUUGAAAAGAAUGCACAUUAUAAGGACAAUGUCUUGAAAAAGUUACUAGCCCAGCGUAGUAUCCAGUCUAGCUAGACCAGGUACUUGGUCACAAGAAAAAGUUAGGACCCGAGUAUUUCUUCACAUAUAUAGGAAUCGAUUUAAGUUCCAAGAUGGUACUUAUAACUUGUUCGAUGUACAUAUAAAAUUGGGCUGUCAUUCUGACAAUAUUUUGAUGUUUGAAAUAUUUUAUUUUGAUACUUUCAACGGCCGAUUUCUUCACAGAGUGCUAAUACCGGUCCUAGUCUUAAAUUUAGUACUCAAAUUGGUAUCAGCUCAUUUUGUUCACUCAGGUUUUAAGCCCUAGAACUGUAAAUUUAGGACCGAGUAGGUACUAGUUAAGACUUGGUACUAGCUAGCUCCUCAAAAUUAGCUAGGACCUGGUUAUUAUAUCAAUCGUUAGUACUCAAAUCAGUACCGAGUAUAAGUUAGGACUCGAUGUUAGUGAGGAACUAAAAACCGACAGUCUAAUGGCAUUAGUAAUAAUACAGUAGUCAAAAAAUGCAUCAUCUCAAAACUGCGUUUUUGUUCACUAUUCUUUUUUCAAAACCGAGGUCCCAAUUUUAAAAUGAAUUCUUCUAAAUGUAAUCUAUUUGGAUUUGAUAUUUGAUAAAUGCCGAAUGACCAAAAUAUUAAAUAGAAGGAUUUGCUCAUACACUAAUCAGUAUUCAUUCACAUUUCUCAGUGAAUAGACCAAGAAUUUUUGCCAAUAUCGGCUUAUUUUCUUUGCUCUCAAGUUCUCAACUCAUCUUUUUUCAUAUUCUAUGAAUAAAUAGAAUAUUUAGCUGUAAAGCUAUAAAAAAUUAUAGGAAUAAUGCUUGAAAUAAAUU